AGAGCUUGAGUCGGGAAUCACUUGCAUGUUCAGUUACUCCUGCCGCCACCGUCCCCUUCACAGUGCCUGGACCCCAUCUCAAGCCUCAGCCACAGUAACCACACGACUGUUUCCCCUGGAACUGAGGCUGCAUACCUGGGCUCCCCGCGGAGCGAUGAUGCAGGGAGGGAAAUCCCACCUGCUGUGAGUCACCUGCUACUCUAGGGCGGAUCUUAGAUACAGGGACCUUAAAAGGGACUCAGAGCCAUGGGAAGAAAAACAACAGGAAGCAGCUCAGACACUCUGCGAAACAACUGAGGGGACAAAGCCUGACACGCGCUGAGCAGAGAAUCAGACGCAGCAAGGGGAAGUGACGGAUUCCAUGAGGACCCUGCAAGGCUCAGCAUCUGGCGACAGGAUGCGGGGGAGCGGAGCUGUGCUGCUGCUGCUGUCGCUGCUGCUGCUGCUGCUGCUGCCGCCCAGGGCGGGAGGCAGCCCUGCCUGGGACCAGUGCCAGCAGCUCUCCCAGAAGCUCUGCUCGCUGGCCUGGAGCGCUGGUGCGCCCUUGGGACACGUGGACCUACCAAGAGAAGAAAAUGAGGAGAGCACAAGUCAUGUCCCGCAUAUCCAGUGUGGGGACGGCUGUGAUCCCCAGGAACUCAGGGACAACAGUCAGUCCUGCUUGCGAAGGAUCCAUCAGGGCCUGUUUUUUUAUGAAAAGCUGCUGGGCUCUGACAUCUUCAGCGGAGAGCCUGCCCUGCUCCCCACUGGCCCUGUGCACCAGCUUCAUGCCUCCCUGCUGGGCCUCAGGCAGCUCUUGAAGCCCGAGGGUCACCACUGGGAGCCGCAGGAGCAGACACCAAGCCUCAGUCCCAGCCAGCCGUGGCAACGCCUCCUUCUCCGCCUCAAGAUCCUGCGCAGCCUCCAGGCCUUUGUGGCGGUAGCGGCUCGGGUCUUUGCCCACGGAGCAGCCACCCUGAGCCCUUAAGGCCACAGCUGCAGGUGGCACCGAGGUCCUGGGCCAGGAGGCUGAGCUGCCUCCACCCACCAGGCCCGCACACUCACGGUCAGCCUGUGCCUUCUAGCGCCUCUUGCUCAUGUUGAAAACGACCAACACUGACUGACUUAGAUGUCGACCUGUGACAAGGUUGAGUAGUCUUAGGUGGAAGGGAAAUUUGGGGGCCACUUAUCCUCAUGGCAACAGUUUGGGGUGGUGGGUUAUUUAUUAUAUUUAUGUUGAAUUAUGUAUGU